AUGUUCGCCAUGCUCCGGCUUCUCGUGCUUUGUUGCAUAUCGCAGCUCUUGGCCUUCGAAGAGUCCUGCGACCCCCAGUCGCUGGUGCAGCUCGACGUUCGUGAUGCUGCAAGGGCCAACAAAAGCGCUCCGUAUCUUCUUCAGGCCUAUUGUGGCUACAGCUGGCUGCAAGUUUGCUCGACCAUCCCUCCGGGUUGGCAGCAGCACACAGGUGCAUUUGCAAAGGAUGUGGACGCGACGCCUCCGGCAGCGACGGGCCCCGCCGCCAACAACUACGUCGUCCUUGGCGGCGACGGGGUGGGGGUUGGCCAGAAGAUCCCACCGGCAUCACUGCUGCAUGACUGGAUGGGCAAGGCCGACGCCAGCAACAUCGACUUCGACAUGGAAGGCAUCAUGGCCGGGAACCAGUAUCCUGCGGCUGCCAGCCUUUGCAACGAUCUUCGGAGCAAGUAUGGUAAGGACAUCAAGUGCCAGGCCACCUGCCUGUCUGGCGACCACCCGUAUGCGGUGAAAGUGGCAGAUACCUUGGACUACUUUGCCGUCAUGAUCCACGGCGGCUCCAUGACGGAUGGCAGCUGGUCCAUCCCCAAAGACAAUCCGAAUAGCGGUUUCACCUAUAAGGUCAUCCAGGACUGGUUAAAGUCCGGCAUACCCGCCAGCAAGAUCAUUCUCGCGCUGACCACAAACGGGCUCGAGGCGUAUAUGGUUGACUGGAUCAAAGGCAUCAUUCAGCAAAAUGGCAUGGCAGGUCUGUCCAUCUGGCAGCUCAAGGACCUCCAAGCCGCCAUCCCCAUUAAGUGCCUCGAGGAUGCUGGUGCAGAGGCCGCCCUGGAAGAGGAGUUCAUCGAUGAAGACGAGGAGCCCGGUGAGGAGCCGGAAGAUCGCUACGGCGAGGAGUGGAAGACGUGGCGGGAGCUCCGGGACAAGCAGCUGCGGAAGCGAGCCAAUGAGCGUCGAAAAGAGAGGUUCGAGAGGGACAGGGUUCUGGAGCAAGCGGAAGUGAUCUGCGCGACAACGAUUGCAUCCGGAUCUAACCAGCUGAGCGGCUUCACUUUCCGAGGAGUCCUGAUCGAUGAAGUUGCGCAAGCGACGGAAACGUCCUGCGCGGUGCCCAUUGUCUGCCGCAAUGCGCAGCAGCUGGUCUUGUGUGGAGAUCACUGUCAGCUUCCUCCAUCAGUAAUCUCCCGCGAGUCCCAGCUGCGUGGGUUUUCGCUCUCGCUCUACUCGCGCUUGACCGGUGCGGGAGUGCCCUACCAGUUUCUGGACACGCAGUACCGUGCGCACCCCAUGCUCAUGGAGUUCUCCUCCCUGAACAUCUACAAUGGCAAGCUGCUGCACGGCGUCAAGGGCUCCGAGCGGCCGAGACCGAAUGGCUUGCCAUGGCCAGAUUUGGAAUGCCCGGCUAUGUUUGUGGAGUCGAACGUCGAAGAGCACCUGGAAGGGGAGUCCAAGGCGAAUACCGCUGAGGCUCUUCUGAUCAAGGACUUGGUACAGCGCGUGCUGGAUCGGGGCGAAGUGAUGCUCCAGGACAUUGGCGUGAUCACGCCGUACAAAGGCCAGGUGCGCGUGUUGCGCCGGCUGUUCCACAGCCCCGGCGCGUUCAUCCUCCCGGAAGACCAGGAGGUGACUGCCCUGGAAAUCGCCUCGGUGGACAACUUCCAGGGCCGUGAGAAGGAGAUCAUCAUCUUCUCUGCUGUCCGAUGCAACAGGUGUUAUUGA